UGAUACUGAUACAUUCAAUGCGAUUGUGAGACGAAAAUGGUGUCAACAAAACAUUGCACGCGUUGUGCUGUUGCGCACUGAAAAAGAAAGGAAGUCCGAAGCGUCCGAACCCGGAAGCCUAAAGGAAAAAUUGAAUUUACCUGGGUGAAUAUACUGUGAUAUGAUAUGCAACGUACUUCUUGAAUAAUUGCUAUAUCAAUAUUUUUUUUGCUGUAUUUUGUAAAUAAUGAUGUCUCUGCGCGUCGCAGGCCGGCCGGACCCUCCGGGACGCCGGGCGGCGCCGCUCCGCCGGCGAUGAUUCAGUCAGUGUGAGUUGCCGUCGCAGUGAGAAGUGAGUGAGCGUCCGCUCUCUAACUGACGACGUGUGAGGUCGACUGACGUGCGGCGAGCGUGUGUUGGGGAGACGAAGACAGCGCGCUGGCAGGAAAGAUGGGCGAGCGUCGCGGCAUGAAGGCGCUGGAGCUGUGGUGCCGACGCAUCACCAAGGGCUACCCGGGCGUCAGGAUCACCAACAUGACCACGAGCUGGAGGAACGGGCUCGGCUUCUGCGCCAUCAUACACCACUUCAGACCCGAUCUGAUUGAUUUCGACUCGCUCCGACCGGAGGAUGUCUACAAGAACAACGCCCUGGCGUUCGAGACAGCCGAGACAUCGCUGAGCGUGCCGGCUCUGCUGGAUCCGCAGGAUAUGGUCGACUACGAGGUGCCCGACCGGCUGUCCAUCCUCACCUACGUGUCACAGUUCUACCAGGCCUUCGUCGGCCAACAGGGCGUCCCGCGCGCGGAGAAGGACGUCAACCCCCAGCCGUCGCCGGAGCCGACGACGCCCUCGGAGAAGCACGUCGCCACAUCCGUCCGCCAGCGCCAGCCGUGCUCGGUGUGCCAGCUGCCGGUGUUUCUGGCCGAGCGAAUGCUCAUCGAGCGCCGGCUGGUGCACCGCACGUGCUUCAAGUGCGCCCGCUGCGGCAGUCAGCUCUCCACCGCCAAUUACUACAUCACUGAGGACGGACAGUUCUGCUGCGAGGUCUGCCCCGAUGAAGAAAUUGGCGGUCGCGUGGAGAAGACGGCCGCGGUGUUGGCGCACGAGCGCGCCGUCCUGGCCGGCCCCACCGACGACCCGCUCAGUGAGGACGCCGACGCAGUCCUCGAGCGGGAGGAAUCCGAGGCGGCGGCGCGCGCGCCCGGCGCUGCCGACUCCUCAUCCAGUGACUCGGAGAGUGACAGUGCCGAGUCGGAGUCAGAGUCGGAGUCGGCCGCGACAGAGACGCUCUGCGCGCGAACGGCGGGUGUGGCGAAGGACGGACAUGGGGAUGGGACGGGGAGGGGUGGGGAGGGAAGUGAGAAUGGUGUGAGAAGUGAGAGAGGUGAUGUGAGUGGUGAGAGUGAGAGAGACGCUACUACUGGCGCUAGUACAAGCUCAGAUACUACUGCCGUAGCGACGGCAGACGAAACUAAAACCUCAGACAAUAAGACUGAAGCUGGCUCAGAAGAGACCUCAAAACCUCAAACCUCCGAUGACGGUGAAGUGGAGCUCCGUGUCUCCGCCGCCCCUCCUGCCCCUGCUCCUCGCUCAGGAUCCCCUCCUUCCGCCUCCUCUGGAGCUGACGGCGCCACACAGCGUCUAUCACUGGUUCAGCAGCGUCUGCAGCAGUUUAAGGCAGCCGAGAGACCUCAGCCGGCCCCGCGGCGGGCAGGGAGGUCCUCACAGGCGGCGGGGACCGAGUCGGGAGAGCAGACACCGCCGGAGAAGAGUGCAGGGGAGAAGGGCGAGGAGAAAGACGAAGGCAGCGAUCCAGCGAAAGAGGAAAGUGAAAAAGAGACAGAUGCAGCAGCAGCAGCAGCAGCAACAGCAACAGAUAUAGCAGCAGCAGCAGCAGCAGCAGCAGCAGCAGAAAGCUCAAAUCCAUUCGGGGACGAUGAAGAGGAUGAAAAGGAGAAGGAUGAACUGAAUCCGUUCGGCUCGGAUGGCGAGGAAGAGGUCGAGGAUGUGACCAAAGACAAGGAUGCUGCUGAAGAGAUCAAAGAGACGUCUUCCAAGGAUGUGGUGUACCCGAGCCUCCCCAGUGAGGAAACGUCAGAGACUCUUGAUGUGGAGUCUUCGCCUGCCGCAGAGGAUGAGAAAGUGGAAGAGACGACCGUUCCUAGUGUAUCAGUAACUGAACCCACUCCUCCUAAACCCGCACCGCCCAAGGAGUACAACCCAUUCGACGAGGAUGAAGACGAAGAUGAAGAACAAGCUGAACCUGCGGCAGCGGCUUCCACAGAGACAGCUGAGGUAAAGUCAGAACCAGCUCCUCUGGAAGAGGAGUACCCCGACGACCUCAAUCCGUUUGGAGAUGAGGAGGAGGAGGAGCCCUCCCCUGCUCCUGUGGAGGAGAAGCCGGUCAAGCCGCAGAGUCUAAACCCGUUCGGAGACUCGGACGAAGAGGAUGGGGAGGAAGAGGUGACCCCCGCCUCCAGCGCGCAGAGCACGCCCGCUAAGGCGGCCAGCGGCUCACGGGAGAUAAACCCUUUCGAGAAGCCGCCCCGGCCGCCGCCGCCUACCCUGGAUAGGAGGAAGCUGGCGUCAAUGAAGGCGGCGGUCACCCCGCCCCGGCCGCCAGAGCCGCCGGGCCUGGUUCGGGAGCAGCGCGCUGGGUCACUCACCUCUCUCACCUCGACGGGAAAGAAGAAACGGCCGGCACCGCGACCGCCGGGCGUCGAGUCCUCACCGUCGCGGAGCCAGGGCGUCUCUCCAGCGCACUCGCCAUCAACACUGCGUAAAAGGCACGCUCCUCCGCCCCCGCCGCCACCUCCAGUAGCGGUAUCGGGAACCCCUCCCCCCGCUCCCGCCCCCGCCCCGGAGACGACCGGCGCGGAACCGGAGCCGGAGGCACAUAGCCCGGAGCGGAGUAAGGCGGAGAAGGAGCAGGACAACUACACCAAGCAGGUCAACAACCUGACCAACAAGUCCAUCCAGGGCAAGUACAAGCGGAGGAAGGGACCUGCGCCGCUGCGGCCCAAACCCAUCAAACGACAGGUGAAGACGCUGCCGCCGAAGGAGACGCAGACGGAGCUUCACGACAUCAACGUGCGGCAGCUGGAACUGGAGAGACAGGGGGUCGAACUGGAGAAAACCAUACGGCAGCUCACCGAGCAGGACGACAAAUCACAGAAAGAGCUGGACAGUACAGCGCCCUACGGUCUGGAUAUCGAGGACAUGAUCCUGCAGCUGUUCGAGCUGGUCAACGAGAAGAACGCACUUUUCAGGCGACAGGCGGAGCUAAUGUACAUGCGGCGCCAGCACCGUCUGGAGGAGGAGCACGCCGAGCUUGAGUACGAGAUCCGCUGUCUGAUGAUGAAAGCCGACUCGCUGAAAACGGAGAUGGAGAGGCAGCGGGAACAGCGGCUUAUCGAAAGACUGGUGUCCGUUGUGGAGCAGCGUAACGAGAUCGUUACCAUGCUGGAGAUGGAGCGGAUCAGGGAGAUCCAGGAGGACGCCACCAUUGACCACCACAUGGGUUUGUACACAGCCGAAAGGGUUGGCUCCGUGGAGCCCGCACCGGACAAGAAAAAGAAGAAAAAGAAAAAGAAAGACAAGAAGGAAAAGGAAGGCAGCAGCAAGAAGAAGGGACGCGAUGCUGACAAGGACAUCGACGAAAAGGAGCAGGCGACCGAAAAGAAAAAGUCCAAGAAGAUUAAAUUGAAAAAGCUGUUCUCAUAGCGAUGUGUUUAGCGUCCGAAGGCCUCACUAGUGAAGACACCGGUCGUGUUAUAUCUUGGCGUCACGGUCGUAGUCCGAUGUUUGUGAUUGUAUGUCUAGCGUCGGCGUUUGGUGUAUAGAGUGAUGAAGGCCGAUGCAAAACGCUCUUUCAUUGAACGUUGAAAGUGAUUGGCAGUGCCCUUAUCGACAGAGAGAGAGAGGGGGACGGAGGGAGGGAAGAGAGAGUGGGGAGGAGCUAGUAGGAACCUCAGCGCGAUGGGAGUUGUGUUUAUUUUAACAGGGCACAGAAGCGAGCGUGAUGUUUCGGUAACGAAAGUGCGAUUUGAGCUGUCUUGAGUUUGCGCUUGAGCAUUGUAUUUUAUGUGCAAAUGUGAGGUGUAUGUGCCUUUUAGAGUUCUUAGUUCAGCCCUGAAUACCCGCGUUAUGUGAGUGUACGGAUGCAGGUAUGUGAGUUAGUAUCCGCACUGUAGAGCUGUAUCACGUUGAAAGAGAGUUCGAAUCGCUGUAUCUUCGCUGCAGGGUACAGCACUGUAUUGCAUUCCAGACGUGCUGCACAGUUGUAUCUCGUUUUGAGGUGAUCAAAUAUAUUUUACGAAUGUA